CUCUAUUGAGAGCGCUUUGGGCGUGCCGCGCUAGUCUUAUCACAGAGUGUCUAACGGUGCUCAUGAUCCCAUUUCAAUGUCGGUUUCAUGUCCCUAUCUCGCUAUGCCUCGCCCACAGGCAUGCUUCUACCUCGUCUAAAAUAUGGCUACAUCGCCAAUCUCGCGAUGCGUUCGUAAAGCUACGUUCCACUGAGGGUUUACGCUCUCGAAGUGCAUAUAAACUUCUGGAAAUAGACCAGAAGUAUAAAGUAUUCAGGGGUGCAAAUGUCGUGGUGGAUUUGGGUGCGGCCCCUGGUGGUUGGAGCGAAGUCGCCGUGAAGCGAAUAAAUCAGGUCAAACCGAACGGGACUGGCCAGUCCCGAGUCAUUGCUGUGGACGUUCUGCCUAUAGACCCUAUUCCAGGCGUCGAAUCUAUCCAGGGAAACUUUCUGAUUCCCGAAACUCACAAAUUAUUGAUAUCCAGCCUUGGCGGUUCCUCUGUCGAUGUCGUGAUUUCUGACAUGUGUGCAAACAUAACAGGAAAUCGUGACAGAGAUUCUGAGAACAGUUUAGACUUGUGCCGUGCAGCCUUCGGAUUCGCGAAAAUGCACAUUCCAGGAGUUAUCAGACCGCAGGAAGGAGGAAAUUCUACAAACGGCAAGGGCGGCAUUCUUGUGAUGAAAUAUUUUGAUCACCCAGUCAUGCGAGAAUUUGAACAGGAGCUCAAGCGAGCCUUUCGCCGAGUGAAUAUUUUCAAGCCGAAGUCGUCAAGAUCGGAAUCGGGCGAGAGAUAUUUUGUUUGCAUAGGCCACAACGAAAGGACUUCGUCUAGCCACCAACGAAAUAUAUUGUAGCAGUGUUACCAACAAAGAGUCCAUUCGAAAACAUCAUACAACCUCUAAAGAAGUUCGUAAAAAGUCCGUACAAUAUGCUCACUUGGUUCACGCCUGCGAUUCCCCAGGGAAGCUUCAUAUUCGUUUAGGAGUUGACGUUUUGCUGUUAACGAGUCGUACUCCGCCGCGGUUUCUCGUCGGUGUGUCUUGUGUAUCAUCAGCAUCCUCCUCAUCCGU